UAGGACGGAAGCUCGGUUGGUGUUUCUCCAGAAGUUUCCCCCUUGGGCGGCGGCGGAGCGGCUAACCUCGGCAGGACCGGCUCCAGCGUUGGUAACAGUGCGUGUUAGAGAUGGCGGCGGCUGCAGCGGGACCUGCAACAGCCCAGAGGUUUUUCCGGAGCUUCUCAGAUGCUCUGAUCGACGAGGACCCCCAGGCGGCGUUGGAGGAGCUGAGUAAGGCUUUGGAGCAGAAACCAGAUGAUGCACAGUAUUACUGUCAAAGAGCUUAUUGUCACAUUCUUCUUGGGAAUUACCGUGAUGCUGUUGCUGAUGCAAAGAAAUCUCUUGAACUUAAUCCAAGUAGUUCCACUGCUCUGCUGAGAAAGGGGAUAUGUGAAUACCAUGAAAAAAACUAUGCUGCUGCUCUAGAAACUUUUACAGAAGGACAAAAAUUAGAUAGUACAGAUGCUGAUUUCAUUGUCUGGAUUAAAAGGUGUCAAGAAGCUCAGAAUGGAUCACAGCCUGAGGUGGCUGUCUCCCAGAGGACUCAUCAGUCAAAAAUCAAGUAUGACUGGUAUCAAACAGAAUCUCAAGUAAUCAUUACACUUAUGAUCAAGAAUGUUCAGAAGAAUGAUGUAAAUGUGGAAUUUUCAGAAAAAGAGUUGUCUGCCUUGGUGAUACUUCCUUCUGGAGAGGAUUACAAUUUGAAGCUGAGACUUCUUCAUCCUAUAAUACCAGAACAGAGCACAUUUAAAGUACUGUCAACAAAGAUUGAAAUUAAAAUGAAAAAGCCAGAGGCUGUGAGGUGGGAAAAGCUAGAGGGGCAAGGAGAUGUGCCUAACCCCAAACCGUUCCUAGCAGAUGUAAAGAACCUGUAUCCAUCAUCAUCUCAUUAUACAAGAAAUUGGGAUAAAUUGGUUGGUGAGAUCAAAGAAGAAGAAAAGAAUGAGAAGUUAGAGGGAGAUGCAGCUUUAAACAAAUUAUUUCAGCAGAUCUAUUCAGAUGGUUCUGAUGAAGUGAAACGUGCCAUGAACAAAUCAUUUGCAUACCUUGGAGAACUGCGGGUUUGGUUCUAGACUACCAUCAUAAAGCAAAUUGUGCAAUAAAAUGGAGUCUGGUGGUACAGUUUUGAGUACCAACUGGUCUGAUGUAGGUAAAAGGAAAGUUGAAAUCAAUCCUCCUGAUGAUAUGGAAUGGAAAAAGUACUAAAUAAAUUAAUUUGCUAUCACUGUAUUGUGUAUAUUCACCUAA